AUGAAUACUGGAGGCGCAGGCACUGAGCCUAAGUUCCGCCCUCCGCCGCCUUCAGGCCGGAAGUCCGACCUCCACAACCCCAACCCAACCUACCCUACCCUCCAGCCACCGCCCCCAACCCUAGCCGGAAGUGGACCCUAUAAACCAAGGCAUCUACCUCCGCAGCCAGGACAUUCACUCACUGGCCAAGGCGUCCGUUCUACCAGCCAAGACAUGGAUCCUCCCUGCCUAGAGUCCCACCCCACCCUAGAGUCUGACCCCAAAGGCCUAGACUUCAACUCUGCUGGCCAAGACUGUUUCUCCUCUGGUCACGAGUUCGACUCUCUCUACCAAGAACUGGACCUGGACUCUCUUAAUGAAGAUCUUCUUUCUCAGUCUAUGCCAGACUCCUUGACAGAGACCGCUGCAGGCCCUUAUGAAUCCCACUUGACUGCCAAACCAGAGGAUCUCACUGAGGCAGAGCAAAAGGAGCUCAAAUCUGAGCUCGCUAAACUGGAGGCAGAAAUUGUAGUGCUACGCCAAGCGCUGGCGGCCAAAGAGAGACGCUGUGUGGAGCUUAAGAAGAAGCUGGGCCUUACGGCCUUCGUGGGGCUGAGGCAGAAUCUGUCCAAGAGCUGGCACGACGUUCAGGUCUCCAACGCCUACGUGAAACAAAAGACGUCAGCUGCGCUGUCCACCAUGGGCUCUGCCAUCUGCAGGAAGCUUGGAGACAUGAAGAAAUCAGUCACAUUCAAAUCCUUUGAAGGGCUUAUGGGGACAAUCAAGUCCAGAGUCGCAGGUGGCAGAGAGCUUGGCGGUGACUGUCUUCCUUCUUCAGCGGGGAGUGGGGAUGAUCCACUCCCAGUUUCUGGGAGUAGGGAUGAUCCGCUCCCGGUGUCUGGGAGUGGGAAUGAUCCAGUUCUGGCAAGUAGGGAUGACCUACUCCCCUUUCUGGAGCCAGAAUGA